GAGAGUGGUGCGGUAUCGCCACUUGGAGAUCACCUCGAGUGGCGUUUGCACUUUUCUCCCUUCUUGCGCCAGCCUCUUCUCGCCUCUCACCUCAGCUUCCCGGCCUUGGAAGGAGGGACUGUCCUCUUUUUAUCCAGCCCCCCAAGUUCUGGCCUCGAGAGGGUUGCACGGCGGAGACCGGAAGUGUGCGCAGCAGCAGCUGGUCCCCAGCUAAUCGACGCCGGAAGUAGCGAUUACUGGAGAAGCAUUCCGCCGGUUGCACUAUGGCGGCAAUUCCCCCAGACUCCUGGCAGCCACCCAACGUUUACUUGGAGACCAGCAUGGGAAUCAUUGUGCUGGAGCUGUACUGGAAGCAUGCUCCGAAAACCUGUAAGAACUUUGCUGAGUUGGCUCGUCGAGGUUACUACAAUGGUACCAAAUUCCACAGAAUCAUCAAGGACUUCAUGAUCCAAGGAGGUGACCCAACUGGAACAGGUCGAGGUGGUGCAUCUAUCUAUGGCAAGCAGUUUGAAGAUGAACUUCAUCCAGACCUGAAAUUCACAGGGGCUGGAAUUCUCGCAAUGGCCAAUGCAGGGCCAGACACCAACGGCAGCCAGUUCUUUGUGACCCUCGCCCCCACCCAGUGGCUCGACGGCAAACACACCAUUUUUGGUCGAGUGUGCCAGGGUAUAGGAAUGGUGAAUCGCGUGGGAAUGGUGGAAACAAACUCCCAGGACCGUCCUGUGGACGAUGUGAAGAUUAUCAAGGCAUACCCUUCUGGCUAGCCCUGCUGCCCUCUUGGGCACACCCAGGUCUUCUGAGGUACCCCCAGCGAACCAGCUUCCAGAUGACCUAGAAUGACAUGUAAUGUUAAACUUCAUUUUGGCCUCGCAGAUCAUGGAGCUAAGGAGGCCUGGGGUCUUGAGUGAGUUAAAGACGGAAGUGUGUUGUAAUAGCAUGCUUCUUUCCUCUUCCCCCAGUGCCUAGACUGACAGAGCAUUUGCAGAAAUGCCCGUACCUACUGAUCCUCAGGUCAUGAUUCACUGCAGAUGACCCAUAAUGCUCCUUCCUGUGUAUGUGUGCGCUGAUAUACUUGGAACAAAGUGAAGCCCCACUGUCAUGUCACAGUGGCUUUGCCUCACCAAGUUUCUUCCUGAGAAGAUUUAUAUUCCGGUCUACACUGUAGUCCUUGGUGGCUGACAACCACAGAAUUCAAAACCAAGCAGUGUCUGUCAGCCCUCUUCACUCUGUGCACAUCCUCUUUCAGUCUCCUGUGUUUGUUCUUCGAGGGAAUGUAUGCCUCUCUAUAUAUAUUUCUCCUCAAAAACCAGAACAUCAACAUUGCUGUUUCUGACACUUAGACAUCCCACACAAAGCCACAUUGAAUUUUUGCCAAAUGAAAAAUGCAUCCAACAAUCAAGUUUCUAAGAAGGUGCCAAGUGGGGAAUGAUAAUGUGUAAUAAUCGAGAAAUGAAUUUAUUAGAGGGAAGCAGAAGCAUUGACCAUCUUUUUCCCAGGAAGGAGUGGAAAUCUAUAAUGAGCACAAGGACAGACUGUGAGUUCUCCUUUAAAAGCCACUCUUAUACAGGAGGAGCACCUCUUAAGUUUUUAACUUAAGACUUUAGAGAUAUUAGAAAGGAGAUUUUUAUACAUUCAGUUGUUUUUAAAAAAUCUUUCUGGAUUUGGUAGAUGUAGAGAUGAGAGGAAGGCAGUUAGUACCUAUGUAAUUCACAGAAACUUCUAAAAUAAAAUGCUGUUGAUGGUUGAAA